AUGGCUUCUCCCAUCCCAGCCAACAUCAACUCCGAGUCGGAGUUGAUGAAGAACCAAAAGUAUGCCAGUGUAAUGGACCCUGCUCGCCAGUUUGAUGUCUUGCAGAAUCCGGACGGCACUUCCUUGUUUUUCUCCAUAGGUGGUGAUGAUGUUCUAUACGCUACUCGAGAGACCACCGCAUCCAAAACCGGCUGGGUCAAGUAUGAUAUCUCCAGCGUACUGGCCGGCAGGUUUGCACAAAAGACAAUUGCGGCGACGCAAUUCGCUGUCACUCAGAGUCCCAGGUCUACAGACAGCGUGGAUUUGGCCGUUGUCACCCGCCUCAAUGGUAAUGAUAGCCUUUUUCUGGCUCUGGACGUGCCCAAUAUGCCUUCAACGUGGGAAAACUCACCUCACUGGGUGAGCGCUUCAUUUGACGCCCGAGACAGGCCAGAACCGAUUCCUUUCACCAUAGCCGACGUAUAUCUUUUGAAUAUUCCUGGAUCUGGAGUACUAUGUUUCGCCGACGUGAUUAGGAACCCAGCCGACAAUAGCCAGGUGGUAGAUCGAUAUUAUAUCGAUAUAAAAUCAGACCCGAUGUGGACCUUCCACCCACUACCCGACAAUAUCAGUGCUGGGUCCGUAAUUACUUGCUUAGGAAAGCGCCCCCAGGACCCAGUCGGUGGCAUCUACACCUUCGGGUUCCUCGGCUCCAACGAGGAUCUAAUCUACACGCCUGCAGCGACGAAGGACAGACCCUUCCCCGAAAGUAUUCAUUUGAGGAUCCCGUCCGACGCCACGUCAAUUGCGUCCAUGGUGGAUCCUUCGUCUGGGAAUACAUUCCUAUUCUUUGUAUGGCCGGCAUUCGGUGCAAUCUGUGUCUUCACACCAGACAACCAGUACGAUGGCGCCUAUGCGCAAUUAGCAGCCCGAUCAUAUUUUAUUCUCAGUACACAGAUUCUGGCCGAUACGCGGAAUCUCAUUGCGACCAGUGUUGCGGGUCGCACGGUACUCUGGGGUCUCAACGGUGCAUCCGAGUUGUACAGCCUAUCUUGCCCAUCGGGUUCCGAGACAAACUCGAAUGCGUGGUCCAACCCCGUGCCAAUUUGCUACGAUGUAUUCCAGUUCGCUCAUUACUUGAACGCCUACCAGGGAGCAGCAAAUAGUAUCCUGUUCGCCCAAACCUCUGACAACCAGUUGACGCAGUUUACCCAGGAUCCAACCACCUCGAUCUGGGCCGAGCGAAGCGUGCUCCUACCAGCGGAUAAUGUGGAUUCGUUGAUCGAUUUCUACAGCUACACCAGUCAUGUCCAGCUUGUGGAUGUCAACGGCAUGGGAGUCCCGAAUUAUCCGGUUUCGCUUAGUUCCUCCACCGGGCCCAUUUCGGUAAAUAUCAACGAUAUUUACAUGAUCCUCCGCCCCGAUGAGACGGUUCAAACUUCCACAGAUCUAUCUGGAGUGAUCACUAUCAUUGAAGAAACACAGACACUCUCAGGUACAGUAAUCACUGUCACUGUGCAUGUGAAAGAUAGUCCCGACAUCGUUGAAAUAAUCGACCCACAUGACAACGCCUGCCAACGGCUGUCUACAAUCACUACGGGUGAUGCUCUACAGGCGGCAACUGUAACUGAUUCUAAUGGAGUGACCACGCCGCUUGUACCCCUAUCAUCGGUCCCGCUUGACCAGCUAGGUUUUGCAGGAGACCAAUUCCAAACAUUGCUGGACAUCAAGUCACAGCUGCCAGUAAAUGGUGCUGCGGCCAACGCCCGUCGUGGUUUAUUGGUUGAUGGAGCCUUGAAAGAUGGAGCCUUGAAAGAUGGAGCCUUGAAAGAUGGACCCUUGAAAGAUGGACCCUUGAAAGAUGGACCCUUGAAAGAUGGACCCUCGAAAGACGGACCCUCCAGCGCCAUUGCUGAAAGUGGCGGCAGCUGGAUCAAGCUUCUGUGGGGUGAUCUGGUGCGGUGGUUCAAGAAGGCAUGGAACACUGUCAAAAGGGCAUACUCCAAGGUAGUUGAUGGGGUAUGGCACUUUAUCGUGGAGGUUGGAAAUGAUAUAUACUCCGCGGCGAUCGAGACUGUGGCAGCUGUUGUGGGAGCAGCAGAGUAUGUGUUCCACCAGAUUGUGGUUGCAUACGAUGACAUCGUCAAAUAUCUGGGCUUUAUCUUCAAUUGGGCCGAUAUAAAGCGAACCCACUUGGUCGUCAAGAACAUCCUCAGAUUAUCUGUUCAACAGGUGACCAACUCAAUUACCGAGACUGAAGAUGACAUUCGAAAUGAAUUUGCCACGAUCGAGGAAAAGGUCGACCAAUGGGGCAGUCUUCCGGAUCCUGGCCAGACAAUCGGCCAGCAGGAAGCAGCUCAGUCAAGUGUCCCAUCUAGAAACAGCCCUCAGGCAAAUUGGGCGCUGCAUCAUGCCACAAGUAAUCUACAGAAUGCUCAGUCAGACCAUGACCUAAGUGUCCCAGUUACAGGGGAGCUGGAGAAUGCAUUCAACACUUUGUAUAAUUUGAUGAAGGCGGAGGAGACAGAUAUUGUCGGCUUAGUAAAGAGCCUUGUGGAUGUCGUCAAGGACUUUGCAUCCCUUAGCGCAAAGCAGCUGUUCGAGAAAGUCGCCGCAAUCAUCACCGACUUUGUUCUGAAUACGGCCAAAAAUUGUAUCUUGACACUCCUGGACCUUACCAAGCUCUUUGUUGAUGCGUUUUUCGCCCUUCUUGAUGCCCCCUUGAAUAUCCCCAUACUGUCACCGAUUUAUAAGGAUAUCUCCGGUGAUCAGCUCAGCUUCCUGGACCUCGGCUGCCUCGUUGGUGCCAUCCCAGCAACAGUCAUCUAUAAGGCGAUCACGAAUACGGCUCCCUUCCCAGCGAACGAGCUCACUAACCAGUUGAUCACUGCGCCCGACUAUGCUACACUUCGCAACAUUCUCAAUACGUCCCAGCCCACCUUGGAGCAGCAAAAGGCCUAUGCGAAAUAUAUAACGAUGAUAACAAGUGACAGGAAGGGGAACCUAGUGGCGGCCGACAAGGCCAAGGUGUUCGACAUCUGCACCAUAGUGUCCAACGGCGUGUCGUUCGUGUCCGGCUUUUUUGUCUGGGCCUGCUCGGCUGGAAAGGCGGCUACUCCUCCUGGCGUGCCGGCAUCCAAGACGUUUCGAGGCAUUAGUAUGGUCUCCUACCUGGGGUACGUCAUGCCAGACCUUAUAGGUGGGCUCCAGACCAGCCGGACUUGGUACAAUGAUUUAAAUUGGCAUAUAACUGCGAUCAGUAUCGGAAAGGUCGCAGUGGACAAUAUUGCCGCAGAUCAAGAGUAUCAACAGAUCAUUGGGCCGCUCUCGGAAUGUGCACUCAAUGUGGCCUGGGUUGUGCCCGCUGUCGGCGACUUUAUUGAGAACAACCGAACGGAGAGUUCGAGAGCUUCCUUCUCGGCCAAUAUCUUGUUUGAUCUCGGCGGCAUGCUAACCCCAGGUACCUCUGAAUAUCUUUUCCCUGGCGAGACCCCGGGAGUUGUCUUGGCCGUGCAAUUUGCUUUAACCGUGGGAUACGCGGUUUGCUGCUUGAUAACGGGAACCGCUGCCGCUAAUGGGGACUAG